AUGGGAUCGGACGCCAUAGCCAUAGAACUCACUGAGGAUACCGAAGUUGGUUUCCAGGCAAAGCUUCUUCCUCUCGAGCUCCCGAGGCUGUAUACCGAGUACGAGGCUGUGCGCUCAAGGUUUCAAGUUGACGUGCAAGACCUCUCCAUGCUGACCAACUUCAAUGUGGGGAGACCAACUAUCGCCGCCCUUUCUGCAGAUCCCAGUCGACUACGCUCCUUAUUGGGCUUCUCCCAGUGGUCUUAUUUGCAGUUCGUGCCAAGUCGCUAUGGCCGCAGCCAUUGUCUCACCGCUGCCACUGAUUGUUUACUUGCUCGGAUACAAGGCAUAUUGAUGCCGGAACGAAGGAAUGAGGCGAAAGAGCUGAGGCUGCAUGUGGCCGCUCUCACAUCUUUACAAGACUCCCUCGACGAUGCAUAUGCCAGCCUGACCCCCGAGACUCUCUGCGCUUCGCAGCUGCUUGGGCUUCAUGCACUCUUGAAUCCUUCUGAGGGUGCUACCUGGGCAAAUCAUACUCGUGGCUCUAUUAGCCUUAUCAAGCAUCGAUCCCCUAGCCGCUUCAAACAUGACUUUGAUAAGGCGCUGUUCCUAGCGCAUAUCGGACCUAUUGUCUUUGACUCUCUCAUGAGCCACAGCCGAUGCUAUAUUGCGGAACCUGAGUGGAUGGAGCUAUAUCAAUCACUGGAUACAGGCUCAGAUACUUUGACGGAAAGGAGCUCGCUGGCCAUAUCUAUAAGAUCACUCAUGAUUCGGCUUCCUAAUCUGUGGCACGAUAUCGACAGCGCUACAAAAGGACCGGGGUUGUUCGAUGAAAAGUUGCAAACGAGCUUGAACUUCCGAUGCCAAGAAAUGCACCAGGCGCUUGUGAGCUGGAUGGAGGACUACAAGACUUAUUGCGCUCGUACGUCGGUCCUCUCGCCAUCUGAUCAAGAGCUGUCUGUGCGGCGAGAGCUCUAUGGGACGGCUUUGGAAUGUCUGAUUGUAGUCAAAAGGCUCUUUGCAACUGUCUCGGUUGAUCAAUCGCCGGAGCUUGAGUCUGACGUUCAAGCUCUCGUCCAGUCUCUUCUUGAUCUUCAGAAGCAGCCUGGUCCCAAGCACUCAUGGCUGUUCAUGGGCCAUGAGAUGGGGGUCACCCAAGGCGUCUUGCUGACAAGAAGCCAAUGGCAGUGUUUCCCUUUCUAUUCUUCUCCUCGGGAGAGAAAGCUCGCUGUGCGAGAGCGCUAUAUUGACUGGGUAGAGAAGUUGCAGCCUAGAUGGUAA